CGACCUACAGUCCCCAUUGCUCGUAAUUUGGAACCUCAAGCUGAGGGCCAGAAUGCAGCCCAGCGCCAGGCAGCUGAAAAGACGACCCAAAAUGCGAUCGUACUUUCAAAUCCUCGCCCUGACUCUGUUCAUGAUCAACGACUUGCGGCGGAGCGUGGCUCAAUCAAUACUGCUGCCGCACACUCCCACUAUUUCGAUGAUCUGGACGAGUGGCUCGAAAUCACUCGGUAUCACGAUCAACAGUAUCGCCAGAAGUUACUUAGUAGGCAUAGAGCAUUCGCGGAACUUGACAGAGAGGCGGAACGCAUCGAUAGAGAGUUUCCAUUAGAUGAAGAUGAGCACGCUUACCUUCCACGUCCAGGCGCGUUCCGGGCUUCUUCCCGACCUUCCGCGGUUAGGAGAAUAGCUUCAACAUCAUCCAUGCGCCCACCUCCGCCGCCGGCCGAAAAUACAGCCGCAAAGACUUUCGAGGAUGCUUCAAGAUAUGGCAACAUCCAAGCUCCGCAAAAACGUGGACUCUCACCAUCAGCGCCCGAAACUCUACGACCUGGCAAGCAAGUCCGAUUGGAUGCAGUUGCAGGUGCCCAGCAGCGACUGGAUGAGCAUACUGACGUAGGAACGCGUGGAGGGUAUGAGAAAGUGCCCAUAUCUCCCCAUAGUAUAGAGAACAGCGGAAAUGGCUUUCGUAUCCGAGGAGUGAUGGACGAUGAAGACGCCUCUCGAGGUCCCCAAUCCCGACCUCAAUCAUCUCGCAAUCGACCAAUAGAGAGGAGCCCAAGCCCGCUUAGGCAUCCAGCUCGCCGAAUAUCAUAUCCGGAGGAACGUGCCCGCCGCGACGAAGAAGACCGUGGCAUGCUUUCACGCAGCAAUACUUACCAGAGCCGGAGAGAUGAGAGCCCGCCCCGCGCUCACUAUACCCGGGCCCGAAGCCCACUCGAAUAUCGUAGCGAAUUCAGCAACUACCGCCCUGGAACCUCAAGCGGUGUUUACGACACUUCACCGACCUAUCACAACGACCGUGGACGGGGAAGAGGCUAUGGCCGUGGUACAUUUGGAGGCCGGGGAGGUCGUCCUAGAUCACCUCCAAGAGAGCCAGAGCGCGAUCGUCCAUUGCAACUUGGGGCAGGCGGUGCUCGCUACUUUAUGAUCAAAUCGUGGAACCACGAUAACGUCCAAACGGCACAGCGUGAGGGUGUGUGGGCGACGCAGCCGCAUAACGAGGAGUUGCUCGCCAAUGCAUUCAAGACGUGUAGACAUGUGAUUCUGGUUUUCUCGGUGAACAAAAGCACUUGCUUCCAAGGCUAUGCUCGUAUGCAAUCGGCGCCCGGCGAAGCACCCACGCCUAGUUGGACGAAGAACUUGCUCUGGCCCACAUCUGGCCCGUUCUACAUUCGCUGGAUUACAAUCGCGGAUGUGAGGUUUAGCCGUAUUGGACAUCUGAAGAAUAGUAUGAACGAAGGGCAGGCGGUGCUCGUGGGACGAGAUGGGCAAGAGAUUGAGGAGGAGUGCGGCAGAUUGCUCUGCGAAAGCAUUGACGAUGUCGGUGCUAUGAUGAAGGCGGAAGACGAACAGCUGUUUUGAGGUGCUCAACGACACAGAAAUUGAGUCGAUUAUGGCAGUGCGGUAUUAUUAAAGGUUAAGGAUAGUAUCUUUUUGCAGGGUACCGACUAGUAGAUCACGUUAGAUAUAUUGUGCUGUCUACUGAACUAGGGUAGGACUAGCUGAAUGCGAAU